CCAUUAUGGAGCGGACGGUACAUAUCUGAGCGCUUUGGACGCCUUCGUCUAAUGUUCGAAUCGUUGAUUUCUGAAGGUAUGGUGUGGGUCCACGUGUAGAUAGCAGUCAGACAGGCACGGGUUCAGACUCGUCAUCAUUGAUGUUUUUCGCUCGCAAUGCUUGCAUUUUCCGUCAUUCUAUUCUCGCAAAUAAUCCGAUCGUCUGGAGUUCUCUUGUGAGAGGCCUCCAGAUGGUGCCCGAGACAGCCAGCCCUUCACUCGCGCCUUCCACGCAAACGCUCGAGCCCUCCAACGCCUUAGCAAACUCACCCUCACCGCGGCAUUCCCCGCCACAGUCACAUUCACCAGCAUUCUACGACGCUCCAGCUCCGCCUACUCACCGCAUCGUAAUACUUUAUCAGUGGCGAGGCCCGCUCGUUGCAUGUUCAAGCAAGUCUUCGGCUACAUUUUUUGCUGCCGCACCCGCACCCGCACCAACCCCAUGCCACCGAAACGCAAGGCAACCGCAUCCGACAAGGACGAUAAAGCAACCAUGUCUGCGCCAGCGAAGAAGACCAAAGCGAGUACGACGCCGUCGACCAAGAAGGGGAAGAAUCAGAGGGAUGAUGGCUAUAGCUCGCAGCAGAAGUCGGCGAUAAGCCAGUUCAUGAGUUUCGCAUCAACGGAUAGGAAUACGGCAAUACGGCAUCUGAAGAACGCUGGG